UUAGAAGGACCCUUGAACUCUCUUCCCGACAGCGCUAUUGGUUACUGGCUUCAGAAACAUAACAUGGUGAGGAGAAUAUGUCACAGGGCAACCACGGGCACAGUGCAUACAGGUAUACCACAGAUGUAGAAAUUAAGGAAAACUCGAGCUUACAACUUAGACAAUACUAACGAGAAGAGAAAAAACUGUUUUUCACUGUGCUAAAUUGGAAUGCAAGUGCUGAACAACAGAGUUCAAGUCUUUUAUUACCACAGACCAACUUCAUUGUUAUAACGUUAAGUUUUUUCAUUCAAAAUAGCUUGUUUUCAGUUCUUUACUGUUAAAUGUUUCCUCAAUUUUAACCAGAGGAAAAAAUAUGUCUAUUUAUUCCAUCUCAAUUGUCAAUGUGUUUUCUUUCCUCUCAACUACAGUCUAUUAAGAUCGUAAGAAACUUAUGCGCGAGAAGGCAAAUGGAACCGAAAAAGACAAAUUUAAUGAGGGAAGACAAAACGUGUGCAGGGGGUGUAUGAGUGCUUUCGGUUCUAGCUCUGAGACGCAAAAAUGAAGAGUAAAAGGAAUCGAAAAUUAAAUAAGUGGAGACCAAUGGAACAACAAGGGAGAAUGCGUAUUGAAAAACGAAUUUAAAUUUCAUUUCCUUUUCACAAUUCAUGUUUUCAGCUUCCGGUGUCCGGCCAAACUAUCUACAGCUCUCGAUUCUUUUAAACGUAAAAAGGUUCAUCUUGGUAGCCGACGAUUUUCAAAUCUAAGAAUGGUCAUGUGUAUUAAUCUUUUGUCUUUCCACGUUGUUAUUUUGAGAAAGAUGGCGUAUGGCUGUAAGAAACGUGUAGCGAUAAACCAGUAUACAAACACUAUCGAAGAUCAUGUCAGUACUAUAUUAAGAAUAACACUCGGAGCCGAAAACAAAGAUUAUGCUAAAAAACACAUCACGUGUCCCAACACUUGACAUUGGCGGUUUUUCACGAGCAGCUGAACUUGUUGAUCACACACAGUAUACUGAUCGUAGUGUUUUGUUGAUCCAGCACGGUGGAUUCCUCAUCUUAGGCUAUUUAUAAUAGGACAUCUCGUGGAAGCAUUUAAAAGUCCGGAACACACAUUGCAUGUGGGAUAGGGGUAACCACAUCGACUCACGAAAAAAAGGGUUAUACUACCAAUGGUUGUUAAGGCGAAGGCCAUUUCAGGAAGGGUACGUAUGUAGCAUACGUCCUAAGUAAAGUUAGAAAAGCGUGUCGAAAGCGUUUUUGUAGAGAUAUUCUUCAGAGAGUUACAUUUGAGCCAAGUCGUUGAAUGACGGAAGGUAGGAUUAAAAAACAAAAAAAUUGCGUCUUCCUUCAAGGACCUCUAAGAGUUCUAAUACCAGUCUACAAUAUGUGCACGAAAUUCCAACCUCUCAGCACAAAAAAAAAGAUAAACAGAAGCAAUACCAGAGCGUCAAGUUACACGGAAUCAAAACACUUGACGAUGAGUGACUUGAUGCCAGCGCGUGAUGUUUGCUGUUUUCAGCAAUAAGUACCUCAAGUGUUCAAACCGUAUCAUUUCGUUUCAGGAAUUGGACACAAAAUCAACGUGAUUAGUUGUCAAACAAGUCUUGUAGACGCCACUAGGAACGAUCAGGAACUAGAGGAAGAUGCGGUGUGUAUCAACUUCUUUUCAAGUUACGAUUCACGAGUUUUAGCUUAGAAGCGCACAAAGGGGUAAACGUUUCGUGCAUUAAAAACAGUUGAAACUCGCGAAGAAUCGCUCUAAAACCACUUAUUCAAUAUCCUUUGAGAACUAAGAAGUUAAGAGGCUCUUGAGCUCGUUACACAACCGGAGUGCAAUAAAGAGCGGGGUUUAACAAACCAGGAAGUGAUGGCCGAUUAAAAUAGAUCGGAGGAUGAGGGAGGGUAAUGCUAUGCAUCCCUCUAAAUCCUAAGAGUGACGAGCAUCUAAUCUCUCCCUACAACGUUACUCCCGAAUCGCUCAUUAAGGUCAUGAGAAUAAAGGAAAUGAUCACCAGGGAAGGAAGAUUUUGGUUGGCAAUCAAAUUCUCCCUCUCAGCACCUUAGGAAAUGUAUAUAGAGCAGUGUGGAGAAUAUGCAUACUGAUGUUAGGGUGUAGAGAGUUAAUACGUCCACACACUUACUCAGGCUUAACUACCGGGUUUCAUGAUGGAUUUAGAAAAAUCGUAGGUGUUACUUUGAAAUCUGACUGAUUGAUGCGCGCGAUUCAGUUCCGACAAAAAUUUAAUAAUGCGCGCGAGAAGUGCUGCAAAGGGGUUUUGCGCCGCAUUAACAUACGAGGGCAAAAAAACGAUGUUCACUUGCAAGAAUUUUUUAACGCAACAUGUUCGAAUUCCUUUCCGCGAGAAGCCAUAAGACGGUAGUUUAUAAUGAAAAGUUAGCUCAUUCGAACCUUUUCACAUUUGAAACGUGUUUUAUUUUACCUUGAAGACUGUUCUGACAAGAAUUAACCAAUUGGAUAUAGAGAUGCGUAAUGUCCGAAGCAACGAGACUUCCCCUGUAGCGAGCGUGUUCUUUACAUAAGACGUACUUACGUGUCCACAUACCUUGACAUUUUUCAGAAACUUUGUCCUGGUACCAAUUUUUGCACUGCCUCCCUGGCCGAAGUAAAAACCGUCAGGUCCUUGAGCGAUGUUCGUGACGUCACAAGCGCUCUCAGCUGCACCUGUACGUCACGUGAAAAGAAAUGUCAGCGUAUGCCUUCUGAGCAAGUCUUUUUCAGAGGGACUAAGUUUGAAACGAGAGUAGAUGUUGGUCAGUGCAUUGGAAAGUGCCUCUCAUACGGUAAGUGCUUAUUUUGGCGUUCAAAGAGUGCUAAAUGAUAGAUACUUAUGGCAGGUUCUGAUGCAAGUAAGAAUGGCGUUGUGUGUGCAGCCAUGUUAAUGAGCUCUUUUUCAAAAUGGCAUCAUCCAUGUUCGAAUAUUUUGCACUCUUGAAGACAAUUUCUGAAUAACAAAUUCGAAACGCGUUAAGAAGUCAAUCUUCAUAUAUGCUUUUUAAUGGGAGAACGUAUGGUUUGUAAAGCAUAUUUCUUCUCUAAGCCACAAUAAAUAGCAUUCCAACUGGUUGUUGCAAUCAAAGUAUUGUUUGAAUCAUGAUAGCCUUUUUCUUUGGAUCCCUAUUGUUUGGAUAAACUCGCUUGAAAGGAAAACAAUGAGGAAUAAAGCUUUACUACAUAACAAUUAAACAGCCAGGUUACAAUAAGAAAAAAGGCGGUUAACGUUUAAAAAUUGUUAUAAAUCAAUUUUGUGAAGGUUGGAUUACCCUUUGGAAUCUAGAAAUGCCGUCAGUGGUGUCUUAAUUGAAUUCAUAUAUGCUCCUUAAUGUCAGAGUUAAACAUUUUCUCUGUUUUAGCCUGUUCCAGACAGUCAGUCGGUAAAACGAAGCGCGUUAGUCAACGGCGCGACAGGAGCGGCUUAGGGAGGCUUGGGUCGGUUCCAAGCUUCCCUCGCUUUUCCAAUUCGCCUCUGCUAUUGCAUGGUUUGUUGUUUCGUUCCGUUUUCUAACUUAACGUCUAGAAUGGACUAGAAUAGUUUCGAGAGAAUUUUGCUCCGUUAACACAAGCAUGGAAAGCGAAAGACAAAUUGUGAAUUUUGAGCAAGGUUAUGCAUAAUCUCGUACCCAGAUCCUACCAUGUAACUAGUUGACCGUGGAAGGUCUGGGUACGAGACUUCGUUAUGGAUUAGUGAAAAAUGAUACCACACAUCUGUUAUGAGCUCGGGGCAAAGAAAAUCUGAAUUAACUGUAAUGAUUGAAACCAUAGCCAUCUAUUUUGUGGCGGCUUGUUUCCCCCCACAAAUAUUUUUUUGACGAGCUAGGACGUGAGCCAGAUCAUGAUAUAUAACAAGGGUCCUGUAUGGGUAACCAGGCCUUCUGACCUGUUUGAUUGGGUUGCCUUCAAUUAAUUCUAGUUUCUCUCGUUUUUUCAGGCGCACGCGACGUCAAAUGCCGAUCAACCUCUUCAAAAACCGUCACAAUUAUGGGUCCGAACGGUAAGGAACAAUAAAGUCAACAGAAAACCAAAAAACAAAAUUCGGUCAUCUGUAACUUGAUGAUCUCUUGUAAUUAUUUAUUCGGGGCUGGGGUGGGGGGGGGGCCUGGAGGAUUUUUCUGGGGGGUCACAAGGUUUUCUCGGGGAACCUGGGGGGGGGGAAAUGUCGUUGUCAACAGAGUACAAAGGAGGGAUUGUAGAAAAUUGACUGCCAAUUAACUGCUGGGGUCAUAGGAAUAUCACCGAGGUUUAUGGGGGAACUUAGUAAAUAUCAUCGUGACACAACCAAAAACCCCGGCCCCUUACCUCCCUCCUAGCUUUAAAUAAUGAACAUAUCGUAAACGGGCUAUGACUACUAAUACAAUUAUUUUAAACUUGACUUGAGGAAGAAAUUACAUUGUUCACCUAGUCCGUCGACUGUUGCAAUGUACUUAAUAAAGCUUACUGGCCGAAUGUUUUAUGUUCAGGGGCCAGAUGUGUUGAGGUGAUUCAAUCAUGCGGAUGUGAGAGAAAAUGCUAUAGGGCCUCACAUAAUGAGGCUGUUCAAAUCCAACUUAACAAUACAACCAUGACAGAGGUAAGACAAAAAAGUACUACUACUCCUACACGACAGAGAAACCAUCAAAUAUGAAUGAACCUCAGUAACUAAUUAACAAUUAUUCUACGAGGGUGCAUCAAAUACGAGAUGAUAUCAUAAAUAGUUGGUUAUAAUAAUCUCAUGUUCGACAAGCUUGAGUAGAAAAACUGUUUUGGCAAAAGCGCGCACUAAAAACAACACUACCAACUAGAUUUUAUUUGGUUUAACAACGGACGGAAGAAAAAAACAACAUGUAAACAAAUCAUGUUAUGCAUAUAGCAAAUAGACUUAAGUUUCCGUAAAAUACCUUAAACCAUUUUCAUGCCAAAUUUAGUGGCAUUGCUUGACAGCUCGCUCACAGAAUUUUUUCUCUUUUCGUUGAGCUCGGUACUAUUAGGUUGCAAGAGGUUACAAGCUCAUAACGUGGCUCCGUUCAGCCAAUCAGAAGGCUAGGUUUAAAUAACUGUGAUCCAGUUUUUGCUUUUAAUAAAUAUUCGUCAGUGCGUUUUGGUUAAAGAAACAUAGCUCUUCCGAAAGGAACAACAAUUUUGAAGGUAAAUGCUUUUUUUGCUAUCUUAUUUCAGUAUAUUCAAUUUUUUUUCAGAUCAUUGAUGUUGGACGCUGCGUCGGAACUUGUUCUGGACAUGUGAAGGGUGAAUGUCUUUUCUGGUAAGUAUUGUUGUGAGAAUGAGAUGAAAUCCAGUUUAUCUAUGAAGCAUUAAAAGGUUGCUAAGCAGAAAUUAUGUUUUCGAGUGGUGGACCAUCGGGCUCUCAAUUUUAAGAUCCCUGCAAACCAUGUAUGAUCCCCAAAAUCUUCUGUCCUCCCCACCCCCAGACAGGGUGAAAAAUGACCGGUCCCUAAAGGGAAGUACAAUGAUAGAUUUGGAUAAUGGCAGAACAUUAAUGCUCUUGGAUGUAACCGUCUGCCCACUGAUUCAUUUCAUUACACAGGAUAAACAACCCAGACGAAUCAGGGUCAAGAGCAAGGCGAUGCGUAAUCCAUACCAAGACGAGACAAAAAGGAUGUUACCCAGAAUCCACCAGAGUAGAGAUAUUGGGUGACAAGAGAGUAACUGUGGUGGAGUCCUGUGCGUGUCGAUAA